AUGUUUUUCUUACCUGACACAAGCAAACCCCGCAUCUCGAAGAAACUUCUCGCUAUUGUCAACGCAGAAGAGGAAAGGGAGAACGCGCCUAGGCCGCGUGCCCCCUCUCCUACCGCAGACCCGCCUUCGCAUCGUCAGAGACGUGCGACCCGUAGCAUUCUCAAGAAGAAUACCCCUGGAUACCUUGCCUCUCAGCCCCUCCGUCUCUCCACAUACACUCUCCCUGCGCCACCCCCUAACGCCCGCCUCCUGCCUCGCCUCGACCAUCACUUCCUCCUCUGGCGUAUUGGCAUGCUCAAGGUCAUGUCAGAAUUCCUUCCUGACAAACCUGUCAAGUUGUACUUGGACGUGACCGAUUUUGACGAGAUUAGUGAGGAGGAUCUCAAGUAUCGCCGCUUGUGGCGUCAAUGGCACACGAGGAUGGCGCGCAUGAGACAGGGCCUGGAGCCUUCUGUCUACAGCCAUUAUCACGACGGCCAUGGGGUCUUCGGUGUGAGGCUGAGUACAGCGUGGUUGUACGCAUCUGUACCAAUCAUGAUCGGCAAAUAUCAGCACGACGUACCGAUCGUCGCUGCCGCCUGUGUGUUUGAACUUAUGCGCAAGGGGCUCAACAGACGUGGUCUGUUCCGUCCAGUACGGCUUGAGCUAGGGCAACGCAUCGAAGAAUUGUUCGAGAUCUACAACUGUGCUCCGAACUUUGGCGAGACGCACAGCUUGGAGAACGAACCAACGGAUAACGUGUGCGAGUUGCUGAUGUUCUACAUGAAGAGGUUCCCCGAGCCGCUGAUCAACAUGCACAUAUACUAUUCGCUUUGCGACUGGUGUGUUGCGCCGAGCAUCCACAGAGACGAGCCUUGGAUCAUCAAGGAGCACGACCGAGUAAACGAUGCGUGGAUGACAGGGCAGCUUCAUCCGGAUCUGCGACCCUCGACAGAAAAGAUCCUUCAUCAUCGACGAGGAUACCCGAUCUACGAUUUGGCGGAGGAAGGGAUUCAGAUCGGGAUUGCGCAGGCGCUGUUGAGAUUGAUGCCGACGGCGCACUUUUCACUGCUUGUGUUCAUGUUGUCAUUUUUGAGCGAACUUGGACACACCCGCGGGAACGGGUUCGGGUUUGAUGACAUCGGACGAGUGUUCGGGAUGCCGCUGUUUGGACGGAAUCUGCGGUACGCGCCAAAGGUUCUGUGGUGGUUGGCAUCACGUUGGGAUGACAUCUCGGUUGGGUUGCUCGGGAGAGAAGAGGAGCUUUGCGCGAAGGAUGCGCAACUGCUGCGCAUAUGCAACAUGGAGACCCCGCCAUCCAUGCGGAAAUGGAAGUGGACGCCCUUCGAACGGAGGGUUUCGGUUGCACGUAAAUUUUCGUAACGUUCUUGCUUUUUACAAUAGUAUCGGUCACAUUGAUUGUGUCCUACUACGUAUACCUCCAAUAUAAUGCGUAUUACCCUG